UUUUGGAUGGGGAAUGUAAGCAUUACUAGUUUGGAAGAGGAUUCAACAAAUAAUAAUUUUAAAGUACAAAAUUCAAUCGAACAGAGUUCAACAACAACAAUUAAUAAUAAUAACAUACUAGAACAGAAUGAAAAACAAAAUUUCCAACGAAUUCGAUAUCGAGGAUUUGGAGGAAUGACUAUUUUAGCGACUAGAAAAAAGUCGGGAAUAACUUCGAAUAGCAAUUGUGGUGCCGCCAAAAGGGCUAUGAGGAAAAGAAUUUUAGCCGCUAAAAGUGCAUUGAGACGGUUAUCGAAUACUUCCUCCUCUUCGAAUGUUCCAACUUCCUCCAGUGAUUUAUCAACGAGUACUAUAAUGGCUAAAGGGUUAUUUUGUAAUGGAGAGGAUGAAUUAGAAUUGUGGCAUCAUCAAACAAAUCCAGUAAAAUUUGUGGAAGAAAAAAGAGAAUUUAAAUUAAAGAAUAUCUUUAAGGCAAAUUGUGAAAAUGAAGAGGAAGAUGAUGAAUUUUGUGGUGGUAAUAAUUUGGUAAAGGAAGAAAAAAGAAAAAUUAGUAGAAGGGAGGAAGAAAAUAAAGAAGAAAUAUAUGGGGAGGAGGAGGAAAAGGAAAUGAAAAUAAAAAAGAAGAAAAGGAGCUGGGCAGCUUCAUUUGUUCCAAAAAAGAAUAGCUUUAAUAAUAAUAUUGAGGUUAAAACACAAGAAAAAGGAAAAGAAGGAGAAGAAAAAUUAUUAAAAAAUAAUAAUAGAAGAAAACCUUUAGGGCCUAGCCUUUCUUGGGAUCCUCAACAACAAAGACAAAUAAAAGAACAAAGAUCAGUCAUUUCCUCUCCCGGAAGCCAAACUUCACGGUCACGAAUUCAUUCAGACGGAAGUACUAAAAAGCCUUCAAUAUUGAGCAGAGAAAAUCUUUGGCCUUUUUCUUCUUUAGGCAAAUCUUCCUUUACUUCUUCUGAGGAGAAAAAAGAAAAUAUUAAAAAACAAUUUUAUCCACAAAAGAAAAUAUCCACAGCUACAUUACUUGGAAAAAAGAGGAAAAAGAGCAGUUCUGUUGUUUUUUGUAAAAGAGGAAAUCGUUCAAAUUCAUUGAGUGCUUUAAGUGGCGAUUUGUUACCGAUUGAAGAUGGCGUUAAUAAAACUGCUUUAGAAUUAAAUUGCCUUCAUUGUGCUCUUCUUGCCGAAUAUAGAACUAGCGGUUUACGUGCUGAAAUUGAGUGUGCCGUUAAACGUCUAGCCGCCCGUCUCACUUUCAGUGGUUCUCCUGCCCGUGCAAGACGUAUGUUUGCAGAUCAUCACCACCACCACCAGCAACAACAACGAGAAAAGAAAACUUUAGAAGAGAACGAAAGGCAAAUGGAAAUGCUUCGCCGUCAAAUGGGCACUCCCGAUAUUGUGGUAUCCUCCUGUAAUUCUGAAGGAACACCCGAAAGUGCAGAUGAAGGUUUUUGGACUAAUCCCUCACCCCAACAUGUGGAAGGUUCAAAUUGCGGGAAUGAUCGUUGGAAUACUUUAAAUAAUCAAGAAUUAACAACAACAACAAUAACUAGUGGUAUUCCUUCAUCUUUAUCUUCAACAAAUUCCCCACAACAUUCGGGAGGAGGAGAUUUAUUAAUACAAGAUAGAAGAUUUGUUAAAAAUGAUGGAGGAAAUAUUAUAAUGGAUACUUUAAAACCUCCCGGUUUUCCUUUUGGAAUUCCUUUACUUUCAAAUUCUUCUCCUUCAAAUUCUUCUUCAUUUUCUCCUUGUUAUACUAGUAAUUGUUCUUCAAUAGAUAAUGGAGGAUUAAAUCAAUGUUCUUCACCUCCACGUAGCAAUAGUGUUGAUUUAAGUCAAUUAAGAAGGGAUAUUGAAUUAUGGAGUGUUAGUAGUUUAAGUAGUGCUGAAGCUGGGUCUUCAACAGGAGAGAGAACUGCGGGAAUUUCCACGCCAGGCGGGGACUCUAUUCGAACUGUUCGUUCACGUUCUUUUGAUCCAAGUGGUUCCCCUGAUUGUGUUUUAAGACGUCCAAGUCGAAUAGAGCAUUUAUCUGAAAUAUUUAGAAAGGCUUUGGCUAAAUCUCCAGUCGUUAAAAGAGCAGCGGCUUUACAAGAACAAGAACAAAAACGGGCAACAAAACAUCGUACAAGUCGAUAUUGGUUAGAAGAACAAAUAAAUUCAUCAGAACAUAUUUGGUUACCCUCUUGUUCAAUUUCCUCAUCAACAAAUGUGGAUACAGAAUGUUAUUUAGGGGAAACAGAUUGUGGAAGAAUAGGGGAAAAGAGAAGAUGUGCUGCUUGCCAUAUUGUUGCACAUACUGCUUGUUUUCCUUUAUUGGCGAAGAUGAAUUUAAACUGUAAAAGUACUUAUCGAGAUUGCCAAACAAAUCGCCGUCAACAUUGUAGGGAUGGACAAGAUUCCCUUUACAAACAUCAUUGGGUACAUAGAUGGAGAUUGGAAGGGAGGUGUUUUCAUUGUGGAAAGUCUUUUCAACAAAAAAUGUUUCGAGAAAAGGAAGUAAUAGCAAUUAAUUGUUCUUGGUGUAAACGUUCUUAUCACAACAAACGUUCGUGUUUUUCCUUAGCUCGUUUUGAUGAUCGUUGUGAUAGAGGGAUUUUGAGAGAAUUAAUAUUACCACCAAAUUGGCUUUUAAGACUUUCUAAUCAACGUAGAAAUAAUAGAUUAAAUGAACAACAAACUUCUAAUAAUAUUGUAGCUAUUUCGUUAAAAAGGAAUAGGAAAAAGUAUCGCCCUUUUAUUGUCAAAUUUCUCGAACAAACAACAAACAAUGUUGGACCAAUUCCUUUAAUUGGUGGUACAAGAGAUGAGGCUAGUAACAGUCAACAACCCCCAAUUCAACCUUUGCUUGCUUUUGUUAAUCCAAAAAGCGGAGGAAAUAAAGGAGCUAAAGCUUUAAAUACACUUUGUUGGCUAUUAAAUCCUCGUCAAGUUUUUGAUAUAAAUACAAUGAAUGGCCCAAAAUAUGGAUUAGAAAUAUUUAGAAAAAUAACUAAUCAAAUGAGAAUUUUGGUGUGUGGAGGUGAUGGAACUGUUGGGUGGUUAUUAAGUACUUUAGAUCAGUUAAAUUGGAAUAUAUACCCUCCUAUUGCUAUUUUACCUCUUGGAACGGGGAAUGACCUUUCUAGAAGUAUGGGUUGGGGUGGAACAUUUAGUGACGAGCCUUUAUCAGAAAUAUUACAAGCAAUACAAACAGAAACGAGUGUUACAUUUCUGGAUCGUUGGAGAUUAGAUGUAUUUCCAUUAUCUUCAACAAAUAAUUUACAACAAGAACAGCAACAAUCAACUAGCAAUAAUUUAAAUAGUCCAACAUUUUUAAAUGAAAAUAAUGAAAAUAAAGAGCAACAAUUAAAUAAUGAAUGCCAAACAACUUUACCUCUUUCUGUUAUGAAUAAUUAUUUUUCUAUUGGGGCAGAUGCACAUGUUGCUUUACAAUUUCAUCAUUCUAGAAGUGCUAAUCCACAAAUGCUUAAUUCUAGACUAAAAAAUCGUCUAGCAUAUGGAGGUCUCGGAACUAUUGAUCUCUUCAAAAGGGCUUGGAAAGAUUUGAGUGAAUAUAUAACUGUUGAAUGUGACGGGGUUGAUAUAACCCCAAAAAUUAGAGAAUUUAAAUUCCAUUGUAUUCUCUUUCACAAUAUUUCUUUUUAUGCGGGUGGGACUGUUCCUUGGGGGCAGGGAGGUGAUGGAGUGCAAGAAUCUUGUGGAGAAGUUUUUUCUCGACCGAGUCCUUGUGAUGGAAAAAUUGAAGUUUUAGGCUUUACUACAGCAACUUUGGCAACAUUACAAAUGGGCGGCCGAGGUGAAAGAAUAGCUCAAUGUUCAAAUGUCCGUAUAGAAACAAUUAAACCAAUUCCAAUGCAAGUAGAUGGAGAACCUUGCCUUCUCGGCCCUUCACUCAUUCAUCUUUCAUUUCAUAAUAAAGUUCCAAUGUUGAGACGUGAAAAGUUUGCUCGCCUUUCUGGUUCUGCUCCAACAAAUAAUAUUGUGUCAAUGAAUGCAAAUAGAAGAAGAAAAAAUAGCAAUCAAAAUAAUAAUAUAGCUAUAAAUACAAAUAAUAAUUUAAUAUCUGAACAAAAUGAUGGGAAUGGAUUAAAUUUAAAAUCAAAUAAUAUUACUUCACCAAUUAAUAUAAAUCAACAUAAAAAUUCUAAGGCAAGUUUAGCAGCCUAUCCAUUAAAUAAUACUCCACAAGCACCAUCCCCUCCCAACAACGUCUCUGUUUGUGUUCCUAUUGUUGUUGUUGGUCGUCAUGAUUAUGAUACUUAUAGGGAUUCUGUUGAUAGACUUAAAGAUACUGGAUUUGAAUUGGGAACACUUGUUUUGGAGGCAGAAUUAGAACUUAGCCAAGUUCGCGAAAAAAUACAAAAAAUGCUUUCUCAACAUCAAAUACUUCCUUAUGAGCCGGGAAAAGAUUGGAGAUUUCUUGAUUAUGUCUCAAGCCCAGAAGAAGGCACUUUUAGAAUUUCUAAUCAACAAGAACAUUGUAGAACAGUAGCCGAUGUUAGCAGUUUAGAUGAAACAAAUUCUGCCAUUCUAAUUCUCGAUGAUGCUUUCCCUUCAAUGACUGUAAGAUCUGCAGCUAUUGGACAUGAAUUGGUUUUUAAUCCAGCAGGCGGAAAGCAAGCAAAAACAUCAAACGAAAAAAAUAAUUUAAUGAGAAGAAGAAUUGGCGAAACAUUACGUAUUGUAUUAUCUACUGAUUCCCAAGAAACUCACCUCUAA